AUGUAUUCGUUUACAGUAUUACCCUUCAUGUUCAUAACCUUCAUUGUUUCGCGAUCUCAUUCUAUGACCGCUCCUACUGUUACGACAACUUAUGGCCCCGUCAGCGGCUCUGUAACUAAACUCCCGACAAACAAGACUGUUAAAAGCUAUUUGGGAAUCCCGUUUGCAAAGGCGAAGCGUUUCGAGUAUCCCGUUCCACCGGACAAGUGGACUUCAACUCUGCACGCAAACGCAACACGCAGUGUCUGUCCUCAGCGUGUGACUUCCUUGUCUCAACACUUACACUCUCUCUUUGACGAAGACUGUCUACGGCUCAGUGUUUACAUUCCCGAAAACGCGAGCAGCAGUUCUGGUCUUGCGGUGAUGCUGUGGAUUCACGGUGGAGGGUUUGCUGAAGGCGACAUUAUAUUUUACGAUGGUUCUCCGUUGGCGACCGAAGGAAACGUUAUUGUCGUAGCAGCAGCGUAUCGCUUGGGAGUCCUUGGUUUUCUGAGCUCGAAUAGUGGCGAUCUCACAGGCAACUACGGAAUGAUGGAUCAAAUAGAGGCCAUGAGAUGGGUCAAUAAAAACAUCGCAAGGUUAGUUAUGCAGGUUUGGUUUGAGUGUAUGAUCUUAUCGCAGUCCCGGUUCUCUCAGAAUAUUUAAGGCAAAUGUUAGUUCUAGCUUGAUUUUAUAAUCCCUCUGUGUGUUAUAAUAGGAGUAAAGUUUAAGUCAAUGUUAUGAAUGAAAUUUAACUAGACUUCAAAAAUUUUAUGUGCGACAUUCUAAAUUACAUGAUUUCAGUGAUGAUUUGACACCCCUGCGGAAACGCGUGUAUACAGAUAUUGCAAGGGAGAUAUUGGCAUACAGUGCCAAGCUGCAUGCGUCUCUGAACUGAUAGCGGUACGCCUCGAACGUUUUCUCCUAGAUAACCUUCCUUUUCGCUUUGCCUGAACAAAAGUGUUCGCAGACUGGAACGAUGUACGAAUUGAGAUGAAUACAAGGGGUUGUUUAUCUCAAAGACUUCUUAUACGGCAAGAAGAAAGCGCAUCUUCGAAGGGGGAUAAGCAUCAGUUAGGUGGGUAGAUUAUAUGGAGUUUGACACCAAGAGUGAAGUAAUUCCACCGAUAGGGAAUAUAAAAAAAUGUUAUAAACAAAGUUUAAUUCAUCCUUAAACUUUUCAUAUAUUUCAGUUUUGGCGGCGACCCCAAUAAAGUGACCAUAUUUGGUGAGUCGGCAGGUGGAAUAAGCGUUGGAUUGUUGAUGUUGUCGCCGCUGACUAAUGGUUUGUACCAGAACGCAAUCUUGCAGAGUGGAACAGCAACAGCCUUCUUUUCCUAUUUAGAAAGAAACGAAGCUGACUCUGUGGCCAGGUAGAGUAUAAAAAAGUUUUGUAAAAAUCUGAAAUCUGGUACGGAGAGAGAAUCUUAGGGCGUUGGCCGGAAUAUGUGAAUUUGACUAAAGUUAUUUUUAGAGGUUGUGAUUAAACGGAAGUCUUAUUGCAGAGACGUCUGAAUAUUUUUAAUCGAUUCUUUAAAACGUCAUCAAGUCCACGCGCGACUGUCAAAGCAAACAAUGCAGAAUAUCGGAGACAUCGCGGUUUAGAAACAUUGUUUUUGUUAUUCAGAUUUGUAACGCGUGAAACAAUAGAAUCUUUUGUCUCAAGAACCAAUGCGCUUCUGGUUAGCACAUUAAUAUCAAUAGGUGACGUCGGCGUGAGUAUCGCUAUUGUAAGGGCGAUUGUUGAAUUUGUAACUUUGUAACUUUGUAACUUUAUUUGAUUUAUCACAAAAUACAAAUAACGAUAAAACAAGACAGUUACACAAAAGCAAAUGAAAGUGGCGAGGAAGCCGAAAAAGAAACCAUGAGGCUUAUAGACAUUGGGCUCCCUCAGAGUAAAAAUAAAGUUAACACAGUAACAGUAACAGUAAGGCCAUUCUCUCUUUACGAAACCGAAUAAAAUUUUAAGGACCUCUUCGGAAACCAUCUUCCGAUAAAUUUCAGGCGUUUAUUUGGUCUAAAAGUAAUUUUGGUGAAAUUGAGAUAUCCCAGGGCUUCACUGGGCGUUUCCCUCUCCGCCCCUUUUAUUUGCUCUUGGGUACGCGCGUUUGUGAGUCUUCCGACUGCUUGGCUUAAAAUCUAGAGCUGGUUAAAACGUAGAAAUUCAAAAGCUUUCUUUUUUACUUCAUCUACGUUUGAAAAAUGUUUUCUGGAAUGUAAAGUUGAACUCGUAAAAAACACGCGAUGAGAAAACACUUGCGGCAACAGACUGAAAUGCAUGUUCGUGUCGAUGCGUGUUUCACAAGCUGCUUUCUAAGUACGAGAACGAGAAGUUGUUAUCAUGCUCGCUUUCCUUAAACAUUUGCUUGAAAAACAAAAAAACACAUUGGCUCAUCCUAACUGCGCGAGAAAAAACUUGAAAACCACUCCUUCCCUGGCCGAACAAUAUUGAUAGUCCUUUCCACUCGCUCUUAAAAGAAAGAAGCUUUUACGGUUUUCCAGUAUACUAGAAAGGUAGUAUAAAGUGGUAAAAACCUUUAGAGGACAUCAACUCAAUCCUACAAGCGCGGCUCAUCCUCACCCGGCUCACCAAUUUUGUAGGCUGAGUCGCAGGUGUAAUUUACCUCGGUUAGUUUAGUCUGUCAGUGUGGCGCAGGCUACAAUUUUGUUAGUCCGAUCCUUUCUUCGUGCCCUUAACGAAAGACGCUUUUAAUGGUUUUUCAGUUCACUAGCAAAGACGCAUAAAGCGAUAAAAACCUUUCAGGUAGCACUGAAUCAUGGUAGCACUUAUCUUUAAUUUAGAAGGGGUUUCAAAUUAAUCUUUGACUAUUAAUUAAAUCUUUUUCAGGAGCCUUUCACAGUUAGUGGGAUGUGAAUUUUCCUCCCUUAAACAGUGCUUGAAGGAGAAAUCAGUGGAUGAGAUUCUAAAGGCCCAGCUUAAAAUCUUUCUCAAGGGAAAUGAUUGGCCCAUUGGACCUGUAGUGGAUGGAUACUUUUUGCUAGGUAUGAAAACAAUUAACCUAAAAGAGGAUUAUAGAACAGAGAGGGAAAGGCCCAGUCAACCUUUUGGGAUAAUAUAUUAUAAUUUAUUAAAAGCUGAAUCAUUUAAUAAUGUAAUUCUAGAGCUCCGGUUACGGCUUAGCCAUCAUGGUAUAUAAGCCAUUACACCAUGCUCUCCAAAUAUGCUAACUGUACACGUCUGCUCAAAGUUAAACACAAGCUGAAAAUCGGUUGUUCUUACAAAUAAAGUCGGGAAGAAUUCUCGAUAUUUUGUGGGCGUUUUUAAUAAAACAAUUAUUCCACUCGUGCGUGUUGGAUAUGAGAUGAUUAUAGCCAAAUCGGCGCUACGCGCCUUGUUGGCUCUCUACAAUUUCAUAUCCAACGUGCACUCGUGGAAUAAUUGUUAAAUAUUAUUUUUAGGCCGAUUAAACGUUUGCAAUCAAUCGGAAGUUUGUUUCCCGAGAAAUUCGUAAUUACUUUUAUCCAGUGUUGUCAAGAGAGAAUUCAACAGUAGCCAUUACAAUAUUCUGCAUUGAUGGUUUGCUCUGAGGCAGUCGCGCGUGGACUUGAUGACGUUUUCAACAAUCGAUUAAAAUGUGCGGACGUCUCAGGAAUAAGACUUCCGUUUAAUUGCAAGCUCUAAAAAACGCUAGUAAAAUACACAUAUCCCAGCCAAGGCCCUAAGAUUCCCUCUCUGUUUCAAUGGAUAUGGUUAACGUAAGUGUUGUCUCAUUGAACUGAUUAUUUCAGUUUUUUUUAUCCAAAGAACGAGUCGUUUUGUUGAUAAAAGAGCGAAAUUCUUGUUAUGUGCCUGCUGUGGACUUAUGACAUCAACUUGUCUUCCGUCUUGGGUUUUUCUGAAAAUUCGAAUGUAUCACGAUGAUUUUAAAGACACUGGGCAUGUGUCCUUCUUAUAAGAAUAAAUACUAACUAGUAGUAUCGCUUAAUAGGUUUAAAAAGUCACUGGGUACCUUUUGAUUUCUUAUAUCGUGUAUGAAACCACGGACGGAUUUGUAAUAAGGAAAAUUUGGUGGUAGAAUAUAAGCAUCAGUAAACUUAUGUUGUUAUGAAAGACUGAAAAGCUGUGCUCAACAUCAUAUUUUGUUAAGUUAUUUUUCAUUUCUUCAAAGCUAUUUGGAGAGUAAUAUCUACUACUAUGUGGAGUAAUAACUACUGCUACUAAGUGUUAAAUCCAGGGAUUAAAUCUGUAAGAAAUAUUUUGAGUUUAAACCGCGUUUGGAUCAAACCCAAGAGUUCGAGCGAUUUUCGUGCUUACUGUCAGGUGUGGACGUGAGGAAUGACAUUUCAAAUUUCAUAAUAUCAUAUUACGGGAAACGUGCUCUAUCUGUUGACUUACGAUAAUUCGUUUAGCCAGGUUAAUUUUUUGCUACUUCGCUUUAUGUGUUGUUUGAGUUUUAGAAGUAAUGACUACUUUUGAAUCGUUGGUAGUAUUAAACAUUGAAAAUGACUCCAUGAAAUUGACUGGUGUUUGGCUUAUAGCCAAGAAGCUUAUAUAGCUUUUAGCCAAGAAUUUGACAAUAUUUUUGUCCUCAGUUGUGUAGAGCCAAAGAAGACGUCACUCAAUUGACACAAAAGUCCGUGAUCGUGCAUGAGAUAAAUGAGGGAUUGUUUCACUGAGGAGAAUGACAUUUUGACAUGCGAUGAGUGGCCACAGUGUUUGAACACUUUGAACAAUUUUUAAUAGGGUCCAUAAUUACAGACCAACUUUAUCCUCCCUUAUGGCCCCAUGAAUCUACUAAAAUUUAAAAAAAUCCUUUAAAACUAGAAUACUGACGUAAGAAAUAAUGUAAAUAUCAGAUUUUUUUCGAAUUUACAAAUGGAUAAAAAAACUUAAUGAGUACUUUAAGAAAAUAUAAUAGUAGAACAGAUAUGUGCUUGAAUUGUUCACUUUCUGUCAAAAGCAUGAAAUUAAUAUUUUCUUUAAAACGUCUGAAUUCUAGCAACUUGGAUAAGAAAAUGUCAGCCUAAGGCACCUGUUUUUUCAUACAAAAAGAUAUUAUUUCAACGCAAAUUGUCUAAAAAAAAACAAUAGAGAAGAUGUAAGCGACCACCAGCUAGACCGGAAGUAAAACUACCAGAGUCGGAACUUUUAAGGAAUGAGAUUAAACUUCUGUUGUGCCCGCUGGUUCUCUUUACUUAAAUAUUUUCUUUUAACCUGAUGUAUACACUCAAUUUACUAUUUUCAUCGUGUAUAGUCCAUUACUAAACUUGAGCCUACUUUCGCUAUGAUACAGAAUAUCGAUCGAAGAAUAACAGGUGAUAUCUCGGUUACCUAAUGACUUGAUACUUCAUGCAGACGAGUGCUUGUAAUCGAAAAAAGAGUGUAGGAUUGCCUUUCACGAUUGUCACUCUUCUGGGCACAGCCCUUCUUACGAGGGUACUUGAGUAGUUCCACGCUUGACUAGUUCCACGCUUAACUUAACUUCUAACAGUGGUGCGCAGGAGAGUCGCCACUCUCUGCUUAGAAAUAUCCAACCCCAAUCUUGCAGACUGUAGGCCUUGAAAUGUUUAAGUAAUGCAGGCCAGGUUAAAGAAACUACUUUUGGAUUCGUCAGUUGAAGGUAAAGAACUACUUUUUCUAUCGUAUAGAAGAACGUGUCAGCGAAAACCACUCCAAUUAUUUCUAGAGGUGACUAGAAGUAUUCACCUCGUCACAUCCUGUGAAUGCAUGGAACGGAGGAAGUGCCAGUGCAGCGUUUUUAGGAAAUACGCUAGCAAUCUCUUAGGCUGCAAGGUAGCGUAGAUGUACCUCAGUACCACGAUAUAUGAUAGGGAAGCUAACUUGGCUUCAUGGUAGAGAAGCUUCAUGGGUAGUUAGAACUGAGAGUGGACUUAACGAAAAUGUCUUGGACACAAACAACAUUAGACUUAUGGAAAGUCUUAACUUAUAUUUUAAUAUAUUUUAUUAUUCAUUCAAAACAUUUCCCCAAUUCUGAUUGGCUAAAAUACACGCAUAAUUCACCAUAACCAGUCACUGAUGACCAAAUUUGGAAGAAUUUUGUGUUUAACGAGGAAAUGACGUCAAAAAUGCAGCCUUCUACAGGUUAAUGCACCGUUAACUGAGAAGACCCGGGGACGUGGUUGACUUGUUUUCGUUAUGAAAACUAAAAUGGCGGACACUUCACUCGUUUCAAGAGUAAGAACUACAGCUGGAACUAGGCGAAGUAAUGGCUAAAAACAUAGCAAAUACAGCAAGAAGACAACUCGGAGGGUGAUAUCUGCUAUUUGGAGAAUAUUUGCGGAGCUGGACAAACGUAAACGUCCACUAUCGAAGAUAAACUUGACAUCGAUGCAGGUAAGCAUGUUUUAGCCAUGUUUUUAAACUAGGAAUUAUUUUGAAUGAAUAACAAAGCAUUCGGCCUCUGUGGAUAACACCCUCCUCGAUUUGUUUAAUUCUUCAUAUCCUACUCAGCCUCAUUCAUCAAUUGCUAAAUAUCUUAAUAGAAGGGAAUCUGCUUUUGUGAUAUAGCAUGAUGAUGAAUGUUUUCUAGCGAAUUGACUUCAAAUGAUGCAAGAAAAAACUGGAAAUCUGGCCCUAGACGACAUGCGUUGCUCAAUGUGCAAGGAAUCUAAAAAGCACCUGCUUAUUUCGAUCUUUAUUAAAGAACUAGCUCAUUCCGGUUUCUUAGUAGCUCCUGAUACACGUUUACCCCAGAUCUUAGUCUUCAAGCUGUUCGCCGUGCGACAUAUCUGUCACAUAAUUUAUCCAACAGAAUACGUUUUGCAUGUUCAGGGGAUUGACGUAAAGGAUACAUAUUCGCACAACCCUUUUCCCUUAUUUUCUUGCAUGUGAACUUUAGCAUGAUGAUCAGUGCUACUCGGUCCAUGAUAUGGGGGGCCACAUUCUGGGGGUGGUUACAGUGAAGAUAAGAGACUAAUUGUUUAUUGUUUAUUGUUUUGUUUGCCAUCAGUUGUACAAAGCAAAAGAAAUCUAAUUAUUUAAACUCUCCUGGCGAGGAAGCCCAAGAGAAGCCACCGGGCUUAUAAGGAAUGGGCUCCCUCACUCCCCCACUCUCAUUUCUGUCGAGAGAGACGCAGAUUCACUUGAUAGUGAAACACAGAUGAAUUAAACUGUCACCUCGUUUGGAUAAGCACCGGUCUACUGAAAGAGAAGCCGGGGUUUCAAACCCCGGCAGGACCAACUCUCGAUCAAGAUCUUUAAAUAAAUGACGAGAAGUGCAGCUUUUUCAAUGUCAUCUGCAAACGGUUACACUUUUUAGUCUUCUUGGGAAAAAAACCGUAAGCCUCGUCUCACAGUUCUCGUUCAUAUCUUGAAAUGCUGUGGAAGUUAAAGAACCGAGACACUGUUUGUAAAGAGUAGGGGACCCAUUUGCCUCUCAAACGGAUUUCCCGAAAAUAUUUUGAAAAUGGUACACUUUGAAAUGAGCAGACAUUAUCGUGAAAGCAGUUUCAAUCCAAUAUGUACAUGCACAGAGUGUUAUUUAUACUCGUCAAUAACACAAAAUGGUGGUCGCAGGAGCUAUUAUAUCUCAAGUUACUUUGAAAGCCGCAAAGCAUUCUGCAUUCUAGUUAAUAGUGGAUCAACUCUUUUAACCCUUUAAGCCCCUAUAUCCACAUACAAAUUUUCCAGACUGAUCUCUGUAUAUUUUCUUAUAAAGAUAAGUUGAAAGAGAUUUGAUAAAAGAUCAAAGCAUUUUCUCUUAGGUGAUAAUUUUAUUAAUUCUAAAAACCUAAUCUCUUGACCUUGUAUGGAUAUGUAUGUGAGUCAGAAGAAAAUUGAAGUUGGUCGCUAAUGGGACUCAAAGGGUUAAAACAAGUAAAAAGAAAUAUUGUUGUCUUUUGCUAGUUUAAUUUGUUGGUAUGUUUGGCCUUUCCUAUGCUUAAAAAUGUGAAUCAUUGUUUCACCUUUUUUUUAAUUCACUAAAUGAAUUGCUUUGAAUGAGUUGCAUUUUCCAUUUUAUCCCACUCUUACUUCCGGUUUUCUCCUUUAAACCGCUAAUUUGUAACACAGUUGGCUUUUUUAUACGACAUGAAUAUCCGGAGAAACAUAGAACAAACAAUUUCGUCAUCAUUUUGACCUUAACAUGCUAAAUUUCGUGUACUUUCGGUUACGUGAUAUUUAGUUACGGUCAAAAUGGCGGCCAUUUUAGUAAUAACUCCAAAAACCGGUCUAACAGGAAAAAUUUGCGAUGGCACCAUAUCACAUAUUAAUAGUCAUGAUUAGUUCUGUCAUUCCUGAAAAUUGGGUGCCUUUAACAAAAAGUGAACAAUUCGGCCCCAAGUCUGCACAUAUCCGCCCCACUAGAAGUCAUUUAAAAAAGGUUAUAAAUUCUGUCAAUUAUAAAACCGUCAGGCGUAAAUUUACACAUGACUGAAUCAAAGAAAUCUCUUUUGAACUUCUUUACAUCAGAAGAGCGGACUAAAGUAUUUUCACUGACAUUGUUCCACAGUUCAAAUGCAUUGUAAAAGAAUAUCCUCUUCAUGCUAUUGGUACGUGGAAUAGGAAGCCGAUAAGGCAACCGAGACCUUGUAUCAUGAGACUUGUGGUAUUUCAAAGAUAACAGUUUCUCAGAGAGGAAAUCCGGUGCACGUAAAUCCAGGAUUUUCUUGAGCACAAGUAGUCUUCUUUUAAUACAGAUUUGAUUGAUGGGUAGCCACUUAAGUUCCAGAAAUAGUGGCAGGGUUCUAGCCUGAAAUAGAGCACCUAGGACAAUACGCGCACACCAUUUUUGAAAUUAAAAAAUCUCAUCCAAUAAUCCUGCAUUACAAUUUCUCCAAACGGAGACACAGUACUUAAGAAUAGGUUUAAUACUAGCAUUAAAUAAAAUGAUGCGAUGUUUAACCGGAAGGACUUUUUUUAAUGCGGGCCAGAACAGGCAGAACAGCAACGCGCUUUAGGAGAUUUUUUUCCUGAGAUAAGCUACGUGCCGCCGGAUGACUAAGAUAGGGAGAGGUCGUCCCAAGAGACUUUCCUCUUGAGUUUGCUCCAGCUGCCUACCAUCCAAACACAGCGAAAGGGCAGAUUCUUCGCAGCGGGAAAGCUUUUGUCGAGUACCAAUUAUCAUGAAUUUUGUCUUUCGCGGAUGGGCAGCCAUGCCAUGAUCUUUGGUCCAUGUCGUCGUAUUAGAAAGAUCCUGUUGAAGUUGUAACUGAACAUCAGUCAGAUUUAAGGCACUAGCAUAGAAAGUAGCAUAAUCAGCAAAUAGGCCGUUUCUAUUCUUCCAGGUUAAAGGCAGGUCGCUGAUAAAUAGGAGGAAAAAGACAGGGCCCAAAAGUGAGCCCUGGGGAACUCCAGAUUUCAAUACUUCAGUAUCAGAUAAGGUUCCUGCAAUGUUAACACACUGUCGACGGUCUCACAGGUAGCUUUUGAAUCACCGUAAUACUGACGAGGAGCAACCAUACAUUUGUAGUUUGGCUACUAAAAGGUCAUGAUCUACAACAUCAAAGGCCUGUUUCGGCAGUUUGAUGAUUUCAUAGGAGCUAAUUGAUGUUAGCCAUUAAUUGCGGGCUACAAGAGGAGCCCGCAGCCUAAUCUUCACUUGGUCAGCGGCAUUUUACUGUAUAGAGAGAUUUUUCUCGAUCUGUCCACAUUCUUGAGAUUCCCUCUCCCACAUCUCAACCAACCCCUAAAAUAUACAACGCUACUGCACUACUCACACACCCCUAAUAUACAUUAAACAUUUUAAAUACGUCAAGUACAACGACGCCAAAAUAUACGCUCCCACACCGUCUUGUUAUUAAACAUUUUGCAUUGGUGCGUGUUUUACUCAAAAAAGUGCGACAACUUGCAUUUUUUCUCAACGAUAAUCGUGUCUUUUGAGAAGUCAUAUCUCGUAACCCAUAGUAACCGUCUGACACCAAAAUUUACUAGAAUGUUUCUUUCUGUAUGGAAUAAAUGAAUAACCUGAGGAGAGAAAAAAAUUCUCACCACUCCUACACAGACCCCGCUUGUAGGUUACAGAAAUACCCUCUGGGAAUGCUCAUUAUUCAUCAUCACCAAUCAUCAUUAUCAUCAUAUCAUCAUCAUUUUUAUUUAAUUCUAGAUUCUCCUCCAAAGCUCUUACAAGCUGGAAAGUUCAACGCUACGAAUGUCAUUGUUGGGGUAACGCGGGAUGAUGGUGGCAAUUUAUUAAAACUGAUACUAGGUAAAAAUCCUAUCCACUUAUCCCACGAUUAUUAGUCAAACAAGUUCGAGACGGAAAUUAAUCAGCUUAUAGCCUGAACUGAUUGAGACGUUGUGAUAACACUUCUGUGGGAUAGGCAUUGAACAUUGCCAUCGCGUUGUUUCCAAAGAGGGUCCGGACACUCAAAAGAUAGAUGGCACUAUCAAAUGCAUAACAGUUGACAAUAAAAUUUUGCGUUUUAUAACAGUGACUUACUCUACAGUAAAAAUGGAUCGCCUGUAUAAACACUUGAGUUAGCAGUAAACCUGUCUGGGCACUCUUGCGUCAGAAAAUGCUUCAAGCCCUAACCCAAAAAUUCCUAAACUUAAUUUACACAAACUUAUCAGCAUAUUUUUCUCCGUAUUGUGUGGUUCCAAAAAAUAACCAUACCCCCCUCCCCUAACGGAGGGCACUUUUGCUUUAGAAACCCCACCCCCCUGAAAUUUCCAUCCUAGGGGUAUGGAUAUUUUCUGGAACUACACAUUGCUUCAAAUAUUUGAAAUAUUUUUGCAUUUAAGGUAAUACUAAAGGUCUCAACAUUUCACACGGCAUUUCAAGGGCACUCUUCAAGAAAGAGAUAAGGAACAGACUUUGGACUCGGCAUCAAACCAAAAGAAUCACAGACUUGCUUAUUUAUGAAUACACAAACUGGUCUGACGUCAGCAAUCCCUAUGUGCUACGCAAGCAGCUCAUCCAUCUCUUUACAGACUCGUUCUUCAAAGCUCCCGCUGUGGAGUCUGCGGAAUUUUUUGUGAAGAAGCAAGUUCCAACGUACUUUUACCAACUCGAGAUAGCUCCCAAGUUUGCGCUUGGUAUUCCCAUACCAGAAUAUUACGGGAUAUAUCACGGGGCAGAUGUUUUGUACACGUUUGGCUUUCCUUUUGUGAAGCAGAAAAAUCAAACAAGUGAAAUUCAAGUCAGAUUUGCUAAGAGCUUUAUGACGCUGUGA